AUUUAAGCUUUUUAUCCAUGUAUUUUCUAAUUAUCCUGUCUGCCUCUGCAGGACUUUAUUUGAGCGCGUCUCAUCUUUUGUUCAGUGUAAAAGUUUCUGACUGGAUGUUUGACAUGUCUGACAUCUGAGCUGAGGCUAAUUUUAGCUUGCAGCUGAAGGCUGGGCUGCUUUCAAAAGCUGCUCAGACUCAACUCAGCCCUGAAAUGUUUCUCAGUACGGACUAGUUUUCAGCCUGUCUUCAUGGAUCCGAGGCUGGACGUGAUCUCAGAGGAAGGUGAGGACCAGGACUUCAGCAGAGACCCGGUCCCGGUGCUGAACCCGGCUGCAGAGCGGAGAGGAAGAACCUUCCAGAGGUUCUCCGUCAGCACCAACGACUCGCUUCGGUUUGAACCCUGUGAGGACAGCUCCCCGUCUCCCACCGGGGCAGAAGAUGGACACGAUGAAGACGAUGUCUUCAGGAGAGGAGGGGCUGAGACUGAGCUGCUGUCCAUCAGGACUCGGCUGCAGGACAAAGUCUCUGAGAUGGAAAACUUCGCUGGUCACCUGGAGGAGAUCUUCCUCACUGUGGAGGAGAACUUCGGGCGGCAGGAGCAGAACCUGGAGCAGCACUACAACGAGGUCCUGCAGACGCUGUCGCAGCGCUACGACGAGCGGGCAGGCGGGCUGGAGGAAGAGAAGAAGGGCAAGCUGGAGGCCCUGUACGCUCAGCUGCUGCUCUGUGGACGGGCUCUGGACCGCUCCAAGGAUCUGAUCGAGGCCGCCCAGGAGGUCCGCCGCGCCCCGGACCCCCGGCUGUUCCUGAAGACGGUCGUCCCCAUCAUGAAGAGGAUGGAGGACUUCUCCAGAGAGGAGGUGGACUUCUCCCUAUCAACGAGCGAAGAGUUCAACACGCCGCUCGCUGAUCUGUCCGACGUCAAAACCAUGAUGGACUCCAUCAACGUGGUCCCAGCGCCGUCGGCCCCGGUCAUCAACCCGCAGACGCCCAACUCAGCCACGCAGACGUCCCUGCGGGUGUUCUGGAGCCUGUUCUCCGACGACACCGUGGAGUUCUACGAGCUCUACUACAGGCCCGUCCUGGAGGACUCACCUGUGGACGGCACCAGCACACCUGGUGCAUGGUAGGCGUGCCCACCUGUCAGUGUGUGAUCCAGCUGCAGGCGGGACUACAGUACCUGGUCUCUGUGAGAGCCGUCAACAUCGGGGGGGCCAGCGACAGGAGUGAUGUCAUCACGGUGUCCACGACAGGGACGUUCUUCCACCUGCUGGAGGACACGGCCCAUCCCUGCCUGUCCAUCUCUGAGGACAGCUUCACGAUAUUCUACGGCGACGAGGAGCUGCCCAUCAGUGCCAUGGCUUUAGACGACAGCACCUUCACCAGGUGCGUCGCCGUCCUCGGGGACCUGAUCCCGGUGCGAGGCAGACACUACUGGGAGGUGGAGGUGGACGAGGACACGGAGUUCCGGGUGGGAGUGGCGUAUGAGGACACGGAGAGGGACUCCUACCUGGGGACCAACAGGACCUCCUGGUGCAUGAGACACAUCCGGACCCCGUCCAGACAUAAAUAUGAGUUUCUGCACAACGGCUGGAGUCCAGACCUGAGGAUCACGGUGCACCCGGUGCGGAUCGGCCUGGCUCUGGACUACGAGCGGGGGACCCUGUCCUUCUUCAAUGUGGAGCUGCAGCAGCACCUGCACACCUUCCACUGCCACAUGCACACGUACGUGCACCCCUGCUUCAGCCUGGACAACCCCGGGGCUCUGAGCGUGCACGUCGGCAUGGAGGCUCCCCGACACGCCUUCAUGUGACACGAAGCUUUUUUUAAAACAGGAAGUGAAAUAUUUAGCUGCUUCAGCUGAAUCCAUGUUUUCAGUAAAGACAAAAAAUAUAUUUAUAUAUUUUUAAGUGUUUUUAUUCCAGUAUUCCAUGGGAACAGGCAUACAACAUUUUCAAGAUAAGAAAAGUUUUCAGUGAAUUUUGUUUUUAAAUCAACUGCAGCUGCAGCAAAACCAGCUGAUGAAACUCAAAAAUGAGAAGAAAAAAAAAUAAACAAAAAAAUGAGCUGAAAAACUAAAAAAACAACAACAGGUUUGUUUUUCUACAAUCGUAUCCAGGUCUUAAAGGGAAAUCCAAAAUAAAUAUAAACUGUUUGUGGUCAUGAUUUGUUUCCUGCUUUUUAAAGUAAAUUUAGAGUCAGAUUAACAAACUUUACACUUGGAUGAAAAAUAAUGAG